AUGCUGCAAUCGUUGAAUGCUCUCGCCGGCAAAAUAUCGCCGGGCGGCGGCCUCGACUCGAAUGCGAACCGACACUCGCAUCCAAACAGAAAUCAUAAGGCACUACCGUACUCGAAGACGAAUGGGAUGAACAUGAAUAUAAACAACAAUAACAGCACGAGCAUCAACAACAACAACAAUGAUGAAAAGGUGGAAAUGCCGGACCCUGAUUACAUAAAAAUGUUCGUCGGUCAGGUGCCAAGAAGUAUGGACGAGAAUGACCUCAGGCAAAUGUUCGAGGAGUUCGGGAGAGUCCAUCAGAUUAACGUACUGCGGGACAAGAUCACCGGCGCGAGUAAAGGGUGCUGUUUUGUGACGUUUUUCACGCGGAAAGCUGCGUUGAAAGCUCAGGACGCUUUGCACAAUAUCAAAACCUUGAGCGGGAUUGAUCUUUUUGCAAAAGGCACACCUGGGUAUCCUUUGUUCUUUGAGCGAAAGCAGGACAAGCAAUAUUUAUCU